UCCCGCCCGCCAUUCCCUCGCCCACUUUUUUGUGCUGCCGCCUUGACAGGAACGCAUGGCAGAGGUCGGGGUGAACGCAAUAACCGUUCUUCAGGUUGUAGCCGAGAUCCGUGGUGUAGCUGAGGGUAUCCAGGAAAAUGAUGAGCAAGCGCAUCGACUCUCCGAGAGAGUGAAAGCUAUCCAGCCUGGCGUGCUUGCCGUCAAAAACGGCAAAAGAGGCGUUUCUCCCGAGUCGCUACGUCAGCUCUUCGAAGCUUUGGAGGCAAUCCGGAACUUCCUGCACGGAUAUGCACGAUCGAACUUCCUCAACCGCGUUUGGAGGCGGAGAUCGAACGCUUCUAGAUUCAGGGCUUUCAGCCACGACCUUACGGAGGGAAUGCAGGCACUUCAGAUGGACGUCCUCGUGGACGUAUGGGCAAAACAAGAUGUAUCAGACCGCCUGGAAGACAUCGCAAACUUGAAGCAUGCGAUGAGAAUAGGGGAACGCAACAGCAAUAACCGCGCAGAGUUUUCAAGAGCCCUGACGGAACUCGAAAAAGAUGAGCGAUCAGAGCUAAAGGAGCUGUCAGCGUGGGAGGAAAUCGACUAUGACAAUGACCUUGACUUCGAGGGUAGCAUCCGACUUGGGUCGGGGAGUUUUGGAGUAGUAACCACGGCAAAGUGGAACGGAUCGGAUGUGGCGGUGAAGUACCUCCGGGAAGAUGAUAAUCGCGACCUAAUUCGCGCCAUCAGGAAAGAAAUUCGCACUCACGCCAGUCUUCGCUUCGACCAUGUGGUCCAGCUCUACGCGGCUUCUACCAUCGCUCCCAACCUUUGCAUGGUUAUGGAGUACGCCAGCGAGGGCUCGCUGUGGCAGUACUUGCACUCAACCAGGAAGCCGCUCGCACACCCGCUGCAGACGGCAUUUCUGUUUGAUAUUGCCAGGGGUUUGAUGUUCUUGCACAACAAGGGCAUUCUGCAUCGUGACCUAAAAUCGGCGAAUGUGCUGGUGUUCGCCAACCGCCGCUUGAAGCUUUGUGACUUUGGAUUGUCCAAAGUCAUAGAAGAAUCCUCAAGUAGGUCAAAGAGGGGGCCUGUAGGGACCACAGCAUGGAUGUCUCCAGAAGCGAUCAACGGCAGCGCGGCAACUCAACUGACGGAUGUGUACAGUUUUGGUGUCGUUUGCUAUGAAGUGGCCACCCGAAUGGAACCGUUCAAAGGAAUGAUGCCUGUGCAAGUGAUGAGGGCGGUUGCAGAUAUGGGAAGUCGACCAGAAAUCCCGGCAGGGCCGUCUGCCUCACCCGAUGUUGUGCGUCUGAUGGAGCAAUGCUGGAAGCAAGACCCUGCGCAGCGCCCCGAGGGAUUCAUGCCGGUGGUUGAGGAGCUAGGUAGAGUUGUGGGGCGUGUGGGAGACCCUAGACAUCACAGCUCGGCUGCGAACGAUGUUUUCUCGUCUACAUGUGUGAAGCACAGUGGUGGUGGUGCGCUGAGUGCUGCCUCAGGCACAGAACCGCUUACGGCCGGGGGCGACCUUGCGGUAUCUCCUCUCCGCACGACGACCGAGCAGAAGCCAAUGGCUGCAACUGCACCAGCGCCGGAACGAUCCGUACAAGACGCUGGCACGGACCGCGCAGUCCUCAUGGCGCUGUAUGGUUUUACGAAUGGGCUGCCGAGGAAAACGUCCUUUGGAACGACGGUUGAAGGAUGGAAUAGAUCGAAGGGUUGGGGGACAUCUCGCCCAAAUGGAACAUGGCACGGCAUUGCGGUCGACAACAACGGCCGGGUCAUCAAGCUGGAACUGGCAGGAAACAACCUUAGAGGAUUGAUUCCGGCGGAGCUGGUUGGGCUGACGGCCUUGGAGGAGCUCGUCCUCAAACAGAACCAGCUGAGCGGAUCGAUUCCGGCGGAGCUGGGUGAGCUGGCGGCGCUGACAGUUCUGCAUCUCCAUCAAAAUCAACUCAGCGGCUGACGAGGUUCGCUGACGGGCUUGUCUGUGUCGUUGACGUCCGGUCUCUUUGGGCUUCCCGCCGUGGACGUCCUCCCUCCCUCAGGUGCCAUCCCGCCGUCCCUGGGUGGAUUGAAGUUGCUGACCUAUCUGGGUCUCUACAACAACAAACUCACCGGUAUGUAUGGCCGAGCGGCGUCGCCCUGUUAUUCAUUGCUUUCCUUCGCCCAGCGAAGCCCUGCAGUUGCUGGGUUCUCUCUCGAUCUCACAUCCCAGUCCCCACACCUGAAGUCUUGUCUGAUGUCUUCUUCGCUGUUAGCGUGUGGCUAUCCAACGAUGUUUCGUCGAAAAUGAUCUCGACAACUGGAAAAACCUCUGGGGCUCAAGGCAACACUUGGAGAGGGUCAUGUACGGGCUAGUGUAGAUCUUUGUCGCUUCCAAAUGCUGGCGAGCAAGAUGAAGGCUGUAUUUCUGCGGCCGCCGCACCGCAGCCUUGGGUCGAGUGAUCUAACCCUUCUGUUUCGUGGAAGCAUGGCAGCGAUCGUGCAGUGAAAGAAUUGUCUUUUCAGGAGACACUUACACGUCCACGUGUGGCACCAGAUCGCU